UUCUUCUUCUUCUUCUUCUUCUCUCAAACUCUCAUACUUGGAUUCACAAUCAUAAAAUCGAAAUCAAAGAUAGAGAGAGAGAGAGAGAUGGGUUUACAAAACCAGUUAAACGACGUGUCGUCGGAUUCGAUUCCGUUACUGGUGUUGAUGCACAUCGCCACAUGCGUCAACUAUCUCCGUUCUAUGCUCCUCGCUCUCUUCCAAUCCCUCGGUCUCUCUAGACUCCACACCGAUCAGAUCGUCGACGACCACUUCCUCGCCGCCGUCGGAUCGGGUCUCGCUGGACUCAUCAUGCUCUCCGAUCAACUCACUCUCAAUAACCAGUUUUACUACACAUACGAAGAUGCCGCUUCAUCAGAAAACCACCGGUGUGUGUUUUGUCAAGCCACCUUCGAAAACGGCGACCACGUUCGUAUGCUUCCCUGCCGCCACGUCUUCCACCGCCACUGUCUCAACGGUUGGUUUCACCGGUACAAGUUCAAUUGCCCCUUAUGCCGCUCUCCACUUUUCUCCGAUGAGCGCGUGGCUCUCACUGAACGCCGCGUAGGUCGACAACUCAUCUCAUGGUUCUCCCUUCGCUGAUGCGUCGCCGUUUCAUCUCACUCCAUUAUCGUUAAAUCCCAAUUUUACCCCUUCACUUUUUUUACAGGGUAGUGUGGUUUUCAUUUUUUCCCCCACUGUUUGUUGUCUAAUAUUAGGUUUCUUUUUUCAUAGGAUAAUAGGCUAAAUUUUCCAUUUUAUUUUAUUUUAUUUUUAAUCUGAUGGUAUUUUUUGAAGGGCUCUCUGCUGUUUGAGAUAUCCCUUUUAGGACUGCUGUAAAUUUUGGACUCCUUUGUGUUUAUGGUUAAUAACUGGAGACGUUACCAAGUUUAUGCAAAAAUUUCCAUAGUUUUCGACUCCUUUA